AUGGCGGUAUUUCUGUUGUUGUAUAUCAGGUCAUUCCUGGCCGUUAGGUCUGUGGCUUUUAAGCCGACCAUCGGUCAAGGAGAUGACCCCUCUAUGUAUACUCAUGAGAGUAUUACUUUGGAGGGAGUCGACAGGGCGGCCGCCAAGUUCUUAACAUCACGUGGCAUAUUUAACACUUCAACGACGAACCCUAAAGACAUCGUUAGGGAAUAUUUCGGAUCAGAUGCUAAAGGCUAUAAGGACUACCAGGAGAGAGGUCGGGAGUUCGCGAAAGCCGUAAUGAGUGUCUAUAGAUCAUACCGUAUGAUCCCUGAUUAUACUGUCAACUCUGAGAGAAUACGUGAAGCGGAUAGUCUUGUCCAGACGACACGAUUAGAGAUAGCAGCCAUAUUGAGCUCUGAAAAAUUAAACAAUGCAUCAAUUGAACUUUUGGUGGAUAAAGUGGGGAAGUGUCUGAUGAUCAUCCAGUCCUUCUACAGUAACACAAACUGGAUAGAGAUAAAUGGUGGAGAGAUAUCGUUAAAUUUCGGAACCCUCGUCCCGUUCGACAUGGAUGUUGUAUCGCCAGAAACUGUGACCUGUCGCAACUGCGACGACAAUGUCGUUAACUGCGCCGGUUGA